CCUUGUCUCUGAGUUGAUAAGGCUCAACCAACCGGCGCGGAAACGGCGGGCGAGAGACGAGGGCGCGCUGUUGGAGCAGGACUGGGCCAGGCGGAGCCGUCGCCGCACACAACGAGGAUCCGGAACAGGCAUCGCUUCCUCCCUCUCCGGCGUCCUCAGCAGCACGAGCAAGGCGCUCCUCUGCCUUGCCCGCUCCUCCUGGGUUCUUCUCCAAGGAGACCCGCCGGGCUGCGCCCGCCGGCCAUAGCGCUCCCUUCCCCGCUCCUCUUCCUCCUCCUCCUCGCCCUUGUCCUCUUCCUUUGCCCGGACAUCUUCUCUCUCCUGUCCCCGCUCUUCUCCUUUCUCGGGCCACUGCCGCUUUUGCGCCCUGCCUUUGCGGUGCGCUCUGCUCCUGAUCGUCUCCUUUUGGUGAGCCACCAUGGCCAGUCGGACGGCGCUUCGGGCUGAGUUUCUGUUUUAAACCGAAAUCUGCAGAUCGUAAGUUUAUUGUCAGCGACCCUAUAUACUGCAGCAGGGACACGAGCUCUUCUCCCCCGCGCCCAGCAGGGAGGAAACUCCCCUCCAGGCCACUUGCUAGGCGACAGCCCCCUGUUCUUCCCAUGCGCGCCCGAUUCUCUUUCUUGGCGAGGUCUAACUGCCUGGCCUGCUCGGGUUCCUCUGGCCCAUUCCAAUGAAGCAUCUCCCCGGAAGCAGUCGCCUCUGGAAGAAGCCGUGUUAGGAAGGAAGAAGCGGGAAGCCCAGACCCCCGCCCCAGCCGAGCCUCCUCCCGCUUCCGCGGAGGGGAAGAGGGAAAAUGCACGCCAAAGUCCUGGGGGCGCCCGGCUCCUUCCGCGCCUUGCCCUUCCUGUUCGGCGUCGCCGCCUUGCUGGGGCUGUUGCCGGUGCUCCACAGCGAUGGCUCGCAGCAGCAGCAGCCCGACGUGGUCACCCGGUCGCCUCAACACUACGGCCCGGAGGUGCGCGGGGCGGUCAUGCAGGACAUCACCUACUCCCCGCCUGCGCCCUCGGAGAGCCAGCCCGGGCCCAGCCACAACACUUCCACCACCGGCCACGACAGACGGAAGGCGUUCCCGGUCCUGGACAUCGACUACGUGCGCGUGCGGAUCCCCUUCGAGAUCGCCCUCUGGAUCUUGCUGGCCUGCCUCAUGAAGCUGGGGUUCCAUGUGAUUCCAACAAUUUCCAACAUUGUUCCAGAGAGCUGCUUGCUCAUUGUGGUUGGACUGCUGGUUGGGGGUCUCAUCAAGGCCGUGGGGGAGUCGCCCCCAAUCCUAAAGUCGGACAUCUUCUUCCUAUUCCUCCUCCCACCCAUCAUCCUGGAUGCCGGCUACUUCUUGCCCUUGCGCCAGUUCACUGAGAACUUGGGCACGAUUCUGAUCUUUGCAGUAGUGGGAACACUGUGGAACGCUUUCUUUGUGGGCUCCCUGCUGUACGCUGUGUGCCAGGUGGGCGGCCCCAAUUUGAACAACAUCGGCCUCUUGGCCAAUCUGCUGUUUGGGAGCAUAAUCUCAGCGGUCGAUCCUGUUGCCGUGCUGGCUGUCUUUGAGGAGAUUCACAUCAACGAGCUGCUACACAUCUUGGUGUUCGGGGAGUCUUUGCUGAAUGACGCGGUCACUGUGGUUCUCUACCACCUUUUUGAAGAGUAUGCCACGAUUGACAACAUCUCCUUCACGGACAUCAUCCUGGGCUUCCUCAGCUUCUUUGUGGUGUCUCUGGGAGGUGUCUUUGUGGGCGUUGUCUAUGGCAUCAUUGCGGCCUUCACCUCCCGCUUCACCUCCCACAUCCGCGUCAUUGAACCCCUCUUCGUCUUUCUUUACAGCUACAUGGCAUACCUCUCAGCAGAACUCUUCCACCUUUCAGGCAUCAUGGCGCUCAUUGCUGCCGGAGUGGUGAUGCGCCCGUACGUGGAGGCCAACAUCUCUCACAAGUCCCACACCACCAUCAAAUACUUCUUGAAGAUGUGGAGCAGUGUCAGCGAGACUCUCAUUUUUAUCUUCCUGGGUGUCUCCACCGUGGCUGGGGAUCAUCGCUGGAAUUGGACUUUUGUUCUGGCCACCCUGUUUCUCUGCUUGAUAGCCAGAGUUUUAGGUGUCCUGGGGCUCACUUGGUUCAUUAACAAAUUCCGCAUUGUGAAGUUGACCCCGAAAGAUCAGUUCAUCAUUGCCUAUGGCGGCCUGCGAGGGGCCAUUGCCUUCUCCCUGGGCUACCUUCUGACGCAUGUUGCCGUGAAAGAAAUGUUCCUCACUGCCAUAAUCACAGUCAUCUUCUUCACGGUCUUUGUACAGGGCAUGACCAUCCGCCCUCUAGUGGACCUUCUGGCUGUGAAAAAAAAGCAAGAGACAAAGCGGUCCAUCAAUGAGGAGAUUCACACACAGUUCUUAGAUCAUCUUUUGACAGGGAUUGAGGAUAUCUGUGGCCACUAUGGCCACCAUCACUGGAAAGACAAGCUGAAUCGUUUCAACAAGAAAUAUGUGAAGAAGUGCCUGAUUGCUGGGGAGAGGUCGAAAGAGCCCCAGCUGAUUGCUUUCUACCACAAAAUGGAGAUGAAGCAAGCCAUCGAGCUGGUGGAGAGUGGAGGAAUAGGCAAGAUCCCGUCUGCUGUCUCCACAGUCUCUAUGCAGAACAUCAACCCGAAAACCUUGCCUGUGGAACGCAUCCUGCCAGCACUCUCUAAAGACAAAGAGGAGGAGAUCCGGAAGAUCUUGCGCACCAACUUGCAGAAAACCAGGCAGAGGCUGCGAUCUUAUAACCGGCACACCUUGGUGGCAGACCCUUAUGAAGAAGCUUGGAAUCAGAUGUUGCUGAGGAGGCAGAAGGCUCGGCAGCUGGAACAGAAGAUCAACAACUACCUGACAGUCCCGACACAUAAAAUCGACUCACCGACCAUGUCGAGGGCACGGAUUGGCUCAGACCCCCUCGCAUAUGACCCCAAACCGGACUCUGAGAACCUCCCCAUCAUAACCAUCGACCCUGCGUCCCCGCAGUCCCCGGAGUCCGUCGAGCUGGUGAACGAGGCGCUGAAAGGGAUGAGCCGCCUGCCGCCCUCCCCGGAGGAAGAGGAGGACGAGGAAGGGCUGGUGAUGCGCGCCAAAGAGCCCUCCUCCCCAGGCACAGAUGACGUGUUCACCCCUGGCGCCGGUGACAGCCCCAGCAACCAGCGGAUGAUGCGGUGCCUGAGUGACCCUGGGCCGAGGCCAGACCCCGAGGAGGGCGAACCCUUCAUCCCCAAGGGCCCGUGAGCCCCACAUGCACUACUAGACCUGGCCUGUAGGGGGAGCUUUCUGCACACACAUCAUGGGCUCCCUCCUUUUUUCUUUUUCUUUUUCUUUUUAAACUUUCUCUGUUGCUCUCUCCUGACUCUUAUUUUUGCUCUUCAUCUUGGAAGCUGCAUUUCUUUGCUGGGAGGUAGGAAUUAGAAUGGUUCCAGACAGAAUGCUUCUCAUGUCAGCUGGGCAGCUUUGCAGAAGGAGUAGCAGGUGUAGCGGGCAACGGAAUGCCUUGUCUGGAAAAAAUGCCAGUCUGGCCACCAUUCAAGGGGCUUCUUCUCCAGGAUAUGGGGUGUGCUUUGCCCCACUGCUGUAGGGCCAAGGGACUGUUCUCAUUUGAGCACCCGAAACCUCUCCAUUUGCACUUCCGAGUAGCACUUUCCCCCCUUUUCUUUCCUUCCAAACACACUGGAGAAGCCGAAGAGAUGUUGGUUCACCUUGCCUUGGGAGUCUGAGGCCAGCUGAUGUGUCCUGAGUGCGAGUCCCUCUGUUUUGCAUUAUUGCAAGCCGACAGCAAGGAAGAUGCAUCCGAGGCAAGUGGUGCAGCUGGACUCCUGGCCUUGGGCUUCCUGGGAGUUUGAGCACAGCUUCAUUUUUGGACCACUCGGGCUUUAGUUUGUCCUGUCUUAGAGCUGACAUGAGCCCAGCCCCUCCACUCUUUAAGGUCCUCAGUGUCUGAGCCAUUGUCACUUUAAAUCUGGUCGUGAUUUGUCUUUUGUUUUCUUAAGUGCUUCUGGCCCAGAAAAAGUUUGGUAUUGUAGGUUCUUGGUGGUGCCUGGUGUCUCCCCUGCUCUAACCUCAGAUGCCACUUAAGUCCUAGGAGGUGACCAGGUGAAAGCUGCCACUCCAAAGGCUUGUUCACAUGACUGUUAAGGGGGUAGGGCAGAUGUCCUACCCACGCUCGGGAGCUGCGUGUGCUCCUGGUUUUUGGUUGUGCGUGGCUGAAAAGCUGGUUCAGAGGAGGGGGAAGUGAUUGUGUGGAAGGCAGGUACAGGCUCUGAUAGCAUUGUCCUACCCAGGAGCCUGCACCCUCCGCCCACAGGAUUGCUUUCCCCUCCUCAAAUCUAGCUUUUAUCACAUACGACCAAAAAUCUGGAGUGCACACAGUUCCCAAAGGUAGGUAGGAUACUUGUCCUACUCACUUAGUUGUCUUUUUUUCUCUAAAUCAUUUUAUUAAAAACAACAUGAUAUCACAAAUCACAUAGGACAUAAUAUCACAUAAUAUCUCAUACACUUUAGCUUCCUAAAAAUCAGGUCUUCAUUAUUAAUAUCAAUGUUACCAAUCCAGAAUAAUAACCCAGAUGAAUCUAAGCAUUUUACCAAAAAACCCACAUCUUUCCAAAUCUGAAUAUAACAAGCAGGCAAGACUUUGCUGCAAAUUCUUUAAUUACUAAAAAAAAAAAAAGAUCUUGCCAAAUCGCAAAAAAUUAAUAUGGUUUUGAUUGUCCCAUGCAGCAAAUGGAUUAAUUUCUCAGCUGUAGCUAUAAACCAAAGCUUGAUAUGCCACUCAUCUGAAGAUGAAAUCCCAUGUUUCCAGUUUUUAGUUAUCACCAUUCUGGCUGCAUGUGAAUUUACCAACUCCUUAGAUUGUAUUACGUUGUUGCCUGCCCACUUAAUGGUCGUGUGAACAAGCCCCAAGUAUUAGUCUGUGAAUUUCUUUUUCUAAUUUCAGAAAGCCAGCAAAAAUGUACUCUAGCAUUCAAACCUAAAGUCUCCUGUUCUUAUUUCCCCCCAGUCGGUUAUGUGAAAUGGGGAAGUUUGCUCCUAUGCUUUGGUGCUGAGGACCAACUUUUCACCAGCUCCGGUAAUCAUGUGGGCAGGUUGUGUGAGUGCUAGCAGACCAACUCCCUUGUGGGACAUCACCCAAAUGCGCUUCAAUCCCUCCCGCGUGUCUAAAUCAGUACAGGAUGCAUCUUCUCCACUGAUCACCUCUCCAUUUCCCCCUUCUUUGGAGCAGUACCACCUGCUCACCUGAUGAGGUAACAUUUCUUUUUAAAUGCACACUCACAUACAAGAGCAUUUUGCCGACCAAAGAUUUAACAGGUAGUUGUACAUAUAGGGUAGCUGGUUCUCCCCCCCCCACUUUCCUUUCUUUUUUUUUAAACACAGGGUAUAUAUUUCUUAAAAGGUGACUUAAAUUAUUCCACAAAGGGCAUUGGGAUGUUAAAAAUGAAGCUCACCCCACCUGCUCCAUCCGGGGCAGAAAUACUUCACACCCUCUAGAGAAAAGCUUUAAUAAUAUUUUUUGCUGCCUAUAAAUGGAAAGCAUGAGGCCUCCAAGGCAGCUGGGGUGGGCCUUACCUAUUUUCGCAAUAGCUGGUGCAGAGAAGACAGCCCUCCCACAGAUGCCUGCCUCAGCAGCUGCAUCCCUGGCACUGGCUUCCAACCCAUUAUUUCCUUCUAAGCUCCUCUCAGCCCAGCUUCUCACCUGCCUACUAGACUGUGUGUUCUCUCACUUUUCUCCAGGCUUCAUUCUCCAGAGAGCACUCUCUAGUUCUCUCCCACAGUGGGCAUCACUCUCUUAAAGAAGGUGCUAGACUUUCUCCCUUAGUUGAUCCUUUCUCCUCCUGAUCACUUCCACUAUGCACCACCAUCCGGAGCAUCUGAGAAUACACAGCCUGGUCCACACAGUUGUUUGACUCCAGGUUUAAUGGUGGUUACUGAUAUUAGCGUGAUUGUGUGAACCCAGGUCAAGCUGAGUUACAACCUGAGAUGAAUGUAAGAAUCCCACCUCAGCAUGGGUUCACACAGUCAUGCUAAUGUUGGUAACCCACAUUAAACCAAGAUUCGAACGAUUGUGUGAAUGAGGCCCCUGCCUUACAGAGUUUUGCAAUAUGGGUCUCCAAAAGAGGGUGGGGCCCCAUUCCUACUGCGUCUUACCCUGGGGCGAUAUAUAUCCAUAGAGUUCAGGGGUUCCUAACCUAUGGUAUGCCAAAUAUUGCUGAACUACAACUUCCAUCACCCACAGCUACAAUUUAUUGUGGCUGUGGAUGAUGAGAAUUGUAAUUUGGCAGCAUCUGGAGUACCACAGGGUCAGGAACCCUUGAUCUAGUUAUUCUGAAGCGGGUUGAUUUUUAAGGAGGGGCGUGUGUGUGUGUGUGUGUGUGUGUGUGUGUGUGUGUGGUGGUAAGGUUGAGAGAGGCUGUGCAUGCAUAUGGGUUCUACACUUUUUAACAUCCACACUGAAUGUUGUGCGUCUGUUCCCAGAAGUCAUUUCAAAGGCUCCGCUCUCUCUGGAGCCAUGCUGGUGCCUGCUGACCUUUCCCCAAUAGUUCUUUGCCUCCCUCCACCCCCUUAGGGGGCAUUUCUGCUCUCUGCCCCUGUGCCGUGCCUUUUAGCCAUACAGUGUCUGCCUGCGCAAAAUGGUGUCGUGAUUGGCUGCUCUGUACAUCUGGCAACCCCGGACCACUGCCCAGAGGGCUCAGCUUGGCCCAUUGAAUUGCUCUCUGUGCAUCCAGCCAUCCAAAAUAGUGACUCCCCCUCCAGCGCGUGCGCACACACACACACACACCCUCCAGAGGGUAAGAGCUGCAAGCGGCACAGGUGAGAGAGGGGCUGAGCGGUGGGAGGGGACCCCUCUCUCUCGUCCCCACGACUUCACACGCUCUCCAUGGACCAUGGGCCUUGCUGUUGCUCUCUGCUUCAGGCAGUGCGGAGGAGACCAGUCUGCAGUUGCCUGUAUGUGCUUUCAUGUACAACACACUUGUCUCCGGCAGGAGCAGUUAAAGCAAUGAAAACUAUUGUACAAAAAGAUGUGUAAAGAGAGUCUUUUUACAUAAAUAUUCUAAUAAAUGAAUGUUUAAAUUUUUA